CGCAGAGGGUCAUGUGUUGUUUGUGCUGUGGCCCGUAGAGAUGUGUACAGGAGUAGAAGGGAACGGAGUGCUAACCGAGCUAGCAGGAGCCUCCCGGUUACAGAAGCGAGCCUGAGCGUGGUCAUGUCCUACACGGUAGGCUUUAUCUCGUGAUACCAGAGCGCCCGCAGUGGACCGUUUUCGUCGGCGCUAAGGGGCAGGGGGAGCUCGCAUUGUUCGCGCGGAGCAACAAAGCCGGCGUGCGAGGAUUGCAAAUCUGAACCCUUCCGAGUCACCGUUAGCUGGCCUAGCCGGACUCGGGAGCUCCGUCUCCCAAAACAAGAAUGGGGUCUGAGUCCACUCGGAUUAGCGCGCUACUAAAGUGACCUUUAAUUUCAUCCGCCCCGAUGGCUCACUUCACGAAUUACCAGGAGGGCAAGGCGGCUCUGCUGCUGCUGGAGACUCAGCAGAGGGACGUGGGGGCGAAUCCUGCGGCCGCCAACACAAACGGAGACGGCUUGGUCGGGGAACCCCCUUCCCCGUUAAUUAACAUCGGCGGCGGAGGAGGAGGAGGAGGAGGCGGCGGAGGCUCUCGUUUCCACCAACAUUUGCCGCCCCCCGGCCACCUUCACCACCACCAGAGCCUCAGCCUCGACUCGCCAAAGGAUCAACAGCAGCACCAUCACUACCAGCUGGCGCCACAGCCGCAUCUUACCGGGGAAAGCACCGCCGAGUCCCCGGGCAAAAAAGCCUCCUCCUCCUCCUCCUCUGUCGGCCAGGUACACGCAGCCGAGGACCCCGCCGCCAGCGCCAGCGGCAGCGGCAGCCAUGUAUACGCCGCGGUGACCGUCGCUAACAGCUCGGAAGCCGUGGAUGACAUCCGAAAGUGCGGCUACCUGAGGAAGCAGAAGCACGGCCACAAGCGCUUCUUCGUGCUGCGCGCUGCCAGCCACCUGGGGCCGAGCCGCCUGGAGUACUACGACAGCGAGAAGAAGUUCAGGAGCAGCCUGCGCACCGCCGCCGCGGCGGCCGCCAGCGGCGGAGCGGUGGCCGCGUCGCCGCCCAAGAGGGUGAUCUACCUGUACCAGUGCUUCACGGUGAACAAGAGGGCGGACUCCAAGAACAAGCACCUCAUCGCGCUGUACACCAAGGACGAGUACUUCGCCAUCGUGGCGGAGAACGAGCUGGAGCAGGAGGACUGGUACGUGGCCAUCAGCGAGCUGAUGAGCGAGGGCAAGAGGGGCCACGUGGACGCCGACGACAUGGACGACGGCUACGGCACCGUCAGCCCCGGCACCGUGUUUAAGGAGGUGUGGCAGGUCAACGUGAAGCCCAAGGGACUGGGCCAGACCAAGAACCUCACCGGCGUGUACCGCCUGUGCCUGUCCACCAAAACCGUCCACCUGGUUAAGCUCAACUCCGAGACGCCCUGCGUCAACCUCCAGCUGAUGAACAUCCGGCGCUGCGGCCACUCGGAGAGCUUCUUCUUCAUCGAGGUGGGCCGCUCCUCCUCCAUCGGGCCCGGGGAAAUAUGGAUGCAGGUGGACGAUUCGGUGGUGGCCCAGAACAUGCACGAGACCAUCCUGGAGACCAUGAAAGCCCUGAAGGCCUUCGCCGAGUUCCGGCCGAGGAGCAAGAGCCAGUCCUCGGGCUCCAACCCCAUGUCGUUCAUCACCACGCGGCGCCACCUGGUCAACCUGCCCCCCAGCCAGACGGGGCUGCAGCGCCGGUCGCGCACGGAGUCGGUGGUCGGCACGCCGCCCUCCAGCAAGAGCUCCGGGGCGAGCGGCUACCGCUUCCGCACGUCCAGCGAGGGCGAGGGGACGAUGAACCGGCCGUUCCGCUCGGCCACGGGGAGCCUGGUCCACCUCAGCGCGGCCCGCGCUCCUCACGGCCGCCAGGACGGCGCCGGGAGCGGCAGCAGCUGGAGCGGCGUGGCCACGGGGAACGCCGGCACCAGCACCGCCGGCAACCGCUACGUCAGAGCCAUCCCCUCCAGCUGCCACGCCCGCUCCGCCUCGCUCCCCGUCUCCCACUUCCCCUCGACCACCAGCCCGGUCAGCGUCUCCUCCAGCAGCGGCCACGGCUCCGUCUCCGACACGCUCACCCGCCCGUCCAGCGCGUCCAUAUGCGGCUCCCCCUCCGACGGCGGCUUUAACUCCUCGGAUGAGUACGGCUCCAGCCCCGGCGACUUCCGCUACUUCCGGGUGAGGAGCAACACCCCCGACUCUCUGGGCAACACGCCGCCCAUCAGGGAGGAGAACUGCCUCAGCGACUACAUGGCCAUGGGCUGGAACCGGGAGGUGUUCGGCACCAGCGCCGGCUCCGGGAGCAACAGCGGGUGCGAGACGCCGCGCGACGAGAGCACCUCCACAACGGAGGAUGAGCGCUUCUCCUCCUCGCUACGGAGGCGCACGCACUCUUUCUCAAGAGGCGUGGCAGGUGCGACCGGCGCCUCGGGGGUGGCCACCUACCAGAAGAUGACCCAGACCAACCUCUCACUGGAUGAGGGGUCGGACGUGGCGCUACCGUUUGGGAGCGGGCUGCUCCGCGCCGGGCCUUCCUCCUCCUCUUCCUCGCUCCGCUCCGACUACAGCUCCUGCUCCGAGCACAGCCAGCAGAGCCGGCCCUCCACGCUCUCCAGGACGGAGGCCGGAGCCGAACGCCCCCCCCUCGCGUCCUCCUCUUCGGCCAAGGAGGACGGCGGCUAUAUGCCCAUGAUGUGUGGCGUGGCGGCGGCGUCGCCGCGGGACACUCCCCCCGACUACAUGCCUAUGCAACCCUCCUCCUAUCAGAUCUCCCACUCGCCCCAGUUUCACAGCCCGGCUCUGGGCACACGCUCAGCCCACCCACAGCUCCAGCCCCAAUCUUCCACGGACGCUCACGGCUACAUGAUGAUGCUCCCGGGAGGCAGCGGCACCUCUCCGUCGCCGCUACGCACCUCCCCCUGCAGCUCCAGCGCCGCGGGGGCCGCCAGUAGCGACAGCAUAGCCGAGAAACCUGAGAACGGAGAGUACAUGGACAUGUCCUACAGCGGCGCCGGCCGCAGGCUCCCGGGCGACGACGGCGGCGGCUAUUACGCAGCAGGAACCCCCGAGGGGACCCUCAAGUCUUACAGUCCCUAUUUCUCCCUCCCCCGCUCUUACAAGGCCCCCAACAGAGAGAGGGACGCCAAAGAGGACGGAGAGUACGUGCCGAUGAGUUCCCCGGCCAAGCCCGUGUAUUCGUCGGUCGCAACCGCUUCGGUGCCGGAGAAGAGGACAGGAGGGGGUAGCAGCACCUCCACUCCCUCCCACCCGCCCCCGCCCUAUGGAGCUCACCACACCACUGCAGCGAUGGCUGACCGACAGGUCGCGAGGCCCACCCGCCUCCCCUUGGGCAGGAGGAGUUUCCACGGUCCGCUGCGGGUCAGCGAGCCCUCCACGGCGCCCGCGUACGCUCCGAGCUCGGUCCCGGUCGCCGGCCUGUCUCGUGACGCACCCUCAAGUCCUGGAGAGUAUAUCAAUAUAGAGUUUGGAGAGCACUUCCCCCACCAGCAGCAGCCCCCUCCCUAUCCGCUCUCGGCUCAGGACGAGGCCCCCUCCCUGGUGUCCGGCGACUCUCGGUGCUCCCCCCCCCAGCCCCAAGACUACAUGAGCGUGGAGGUCGGGGCGGGCCAGCACGACGCGGCCGGGCGUCUGGGUAAGAACCAGUCGCCCCGGCCCAGCCUGGUCGCCCCCUGGAACCCGCCCAGCUACAUCCGGCCCCUGGUCAACAGCUCUGGGGGCGGCGGUGCGGGGGGUCACUGGAGGUCAGUGGGGGACGAUUACACGGACAUGUCGUUUAACCUCAGCGGCGGGGAGAGGACUCAGAGCCCCACGGCGAUGCUGCAGCAUCUCUGCAUCAUAGAGGGACGCUACGGGCACCCCCCUCCCACCUCCCCAUCGUCCGUCCCCGCCCCUCCCCCGACCCAGCAGCCGGAGCCCAAGGUGGUCCGGGCGGAUCCCCAGGGCAGGAGGAGACACAGCUCGGAGACGUUCUCCUCCAGCUCCUCCUCCAAUUCGACUCCUCCAUCCUCAGCCACCCACCCCUCCCUGGCCAACCCCUCCGCCCCCAACGCCAAUGGAUCCUACCAAGCGGAGGCGCAGGCCCCCCGCUGGGCCAGCUCGGCCUCCUUCGACAGCGUGUGGAUGUCCGUGGAGGGCGUAGGAGAGUCGCCGGCUCGCCACGCCCAGGCGAGAGUCCUGGACGCAGACGGUGUCUCCGGGAACCUGCCGGCACCCGCCUCCUCCGGGGCUGGACCGGGCAGGAUGUGCAGGAGCUUGGCGGCCGGCUACCAGAACGGCCUCAACUACAUCGCCUUGGAGCUGAGGGACGACGACGGGGGAGCCGCGGCGCCGGGGGCCGGUAGCAGCGGCGACGGGAGCGCGUCGGUGGCGCCGCCCGGGAUGGCGCCCCUGCCAGAGAACGGAGCCUACGCCAGCAUAGACUUCACCAAGUCGGAUGGAGUCGCCACAGCAACCAAGGACUGAGCGACUGAGGUCCACCGUGUGCCUCAUCCUCUUCCUCCUGCUCCUCAUCAUCUCAUAUCUAGGGGCACUUGACUCUGCCUUUGACCUUUGGCCCCUCCUCCCCUCCUCCAACAGUGACCUUUGACCUUCAGUCACACUGAGAAGCUGCUUUCAUCUGGUCGCAGACGGCAAUUGCUACAUGACGAACACAAAAAGCGCUUGCGGGUUGUUGUUUUCUUUUUUUUUAUAUAUAUUUUUGUUUUUCAUGGUUAAAUGUUUUUGUGUUAUACAUGAAUACCAGGUCCUGUUAAUCCUCCCCUAAAAAAAACGGACGGCGCCAGUGUUUGCUGCUCUUCCUCGGUUUAGUUCAACACUACUUUUCAGCAGGCAGCGGUCAGUGACCAUUAACCUAGGGGUGUCAACACACACACAGGUAGUUUUCUUCUCUCUCCAUACGGUAUUACAUUAAAAAAAAAAAGGGAAAUUUAGAGUUAAAAGAAAAGGCAUUAUGGUACAAACUCAGAAGCUUGAUAAUUCAUUCAUCAUCUAGCAUUCUAAUUUUUUUUACCCUAUGCAUAAUCCAUCCUCCAGAUUUUUUUUUAAUUUAAACGCUUUUUUGUAGAAAACCUAAAUAUAUAUAUAUAGAUAUAUUUUUAAACAUUUCUUUAACUCAUUUGUUUGGUACAGAGCUUGUGGCUGGGUCCAUCAUAGCUUGGCCCACAGAGAGCGCGCUCGUUCCCAGGUACGACACGGCGGCCCCGAUCUGCCGCCGUUCAUGCGCCAGUAUCCGCGCGCUUCUAUAGCGGGGGAAAAAAAACAACAUACAGCGUUACAGUAUUUAUUUUACCGACUGCACGUUAUUUAUUUGUCACUACAGGUACAGAUGUCCUGGUACAUUUCAAACUUUGCAUCCCAGACUGAAGGUACUCGGCAGAGCGGGGGAAAAUAGUGCUGAAAAAAAAAAAUCCAAUGACGCGCUGAGCUUUGAUACGCUGCCUCGCUCAGACGAGGGCGACUCUCGCUCACAGCCUCUCGAUGUCGGUCGGUCAGGAUCUUUGACGCGCAGACAUUCGUCAGAAGCCGGGGGGCGUGACGUCAGAGACGACGGCGCCGGUAACCCGAGCCGCGGGCCCAGGUGCAGCAGGCCGCCUCCUCUCACACAGUCACUACGUCAGCGUUUACCUUUUCCUGAUGGUGCUUCUCUCUUUUAGAGAUGCUGAUUAGUAUUUAAUCUUUAUAUUAGCCUGCAUCUUUGUUUUUUGUUUUUUCCCUCUUUUUAUUUUUUUUUUAUUUUUGCAUGGCCAGAAAAAGGCCUUUCACUCAUACACUGUUGUCAGAAGGAAUGACUUUUAGAACGGCUGCCAUAUCAUGUCAAUAUAACGAGUAGCUAAACCUCACCCCAGUAUCCUUUCACCGCCGACCGAGUUCCUCUCUUUAAGUUCCAGUUUUGACAGAAGCUAGAAGGAAACAGGCGUUUCAGAGGCACGUUUUCUCACGUGAGGGGGGGUAACAGGUGUUUCCGUGUUUGGAGGUGAAGGGGAUUCGGAAGCUGGAGGUUAACCUCCACAAAAAACGCUGUUUAACAAUGUUAAGCCUGUGACGUGUCUUACGUGUAUAUUAUCGAACAAUUCAAUGUUUUUUCACCCCCCUCCCCCUUUUACCUCCUUUGAACAAAUUUUUUUUUUUUUUUUAUGUUUGCCGAUUUUUUUUUUUUUUUGUGUACUUACUAUGCUACAGCGACGUGUUGCGUUUGGGUUUUAAUGCUAUGGCAGAAAAAACUGAUAGUGCUGGAGUUCUGUGGGGAUUUUUGGACUGAUCCCUCUUAAUUUAUUCGGAAAUGUUGGAUUGCCUUCAUGUCGAACUUCUUUACACCCCCCCUACCGUUAAAAUUUCUCAAUUUACAGAAAGGUUCUGUUUGUGUUUUGGCAACGAUGCAACCUCAAAUGUGUCCUCGACGUUUUUAAAUGGGUACGAUAAUGAGGAGACUCUUAUAUCCUUGCAGAAAUGACAUAAGGUAAUGCAUUAUUAUUAUUAUUAUUAUUAUUAUUAUGCAAACUUUAGUUUGAUUUUACUCAAAUCUUUUGAUUUCUUUCGUAUUCUAGUUUACAGAAAGUAAAAUUUAAAAAAAAAAUCUUAUUUUUUUGGAAAACAGAACAAUGUGUUGUUUUUUUUAAUUACGUAGGCAUUUUUGCAGUUAUUUGUAUAAAAACCAACCUGCCUAAUGUUUAUUUUUUUGUAACUAUGAUCCAGUUUAUUUGCUGCUGUGUAGUACAGUUACCGGUCGGAGGCAAACGUGAGGGUCGAGUUGAUCAUUGCCCCGCCUUUUCUGUUGUUUUUUUUUUUUUUCUCCUUCGUUUUUUCUUUUCCCCGCCUCAGCCUCUGAAUGCUUUCCACGCUUGGAACGGGGUUCGCUGGAAGCCGGGGAGAAGCUGCUUGUCUUCUUAUUUUCCGAGUUGAAUGCUGUUGUGUGAGCUUUACAGGAAAGAGAAAGGAAGUGUGUAUCCUUCAUGUGUGCAUUACUUUUCAGCGACGUACGUCCCAUGUAGGAGGGAUUUAAAAAGAAAAAAAAAAAGAGGAAUCUGUGUUGGAAAUGGAAAUCCUCCUUGUGUAAAUAAGGAAAGUUGUUGCUUUUUUUUAAUGUUUUGUUCUGCGCCUCAGCAGGUGCCCCCAUCCCGUUUUCUUUUCUUUUUGUUGUUCCCCCCUGUCUCUUUCUCCAUUUUGGUUCCUCGUGGAGGGAAAGGGGGGCACGAGGGGUACUCGAACGAGAUUUGAGCAUCGGCAUAGUGUUUAUAUUUAUCAAAAGUUUUUGCUUUCGAUAGAGCUAUUGCAAUAAAAAUGUGUUCAUGUAA